AUGUCCAGAUAUGUGCCUCUACAAGCUGGAGCGUCAACUUUUGUCAGACUGCCCAAAGAUAUCCAGAUGAAACGUGCAGUCUUAAUCAUCGAGAACCACGACGAGUACUGCUUUCUCUGGUGUGUUGGGGCAGCGACACACGAAGCUCACACUAGACAUCCGGAGAGGACAACAUCGUACCCUCAUUACAGCAGUGUACUUCAGUAUGAAGAUUUAUUUAGAUUCAUGGCAUCAAGUUUAGAAAAAUUAGCAUACUAUCUUGAUGAUGACAAUAAACAAAUCACAAAACUUCAUUACCCAGAUCCGGAAAAAUUUCAAUUAGUUACUCGCAAGGACGUAUUCCCGUAUGAAUACAUUACAAACAUUGAUAAGCUUAAUGACAGACAGUUGCCCGAUCAAAACUCAUUUUUUUCAAAAUUAUCUAAUACUGGUAUAUCUGACGAUAAUUAUUCAUUUAUUCAACUUGUCUGGAAUAAAUUUAACAUCACUACAUCAGGCGCGUACUCUGAUCUAUAUCUUAAGACUGAUGUGCUACUCUUGGCGGAUGUAUUUGAAAAUUUCAGACAAAGUUGUUUAAAUAAUUAUAACUUAGACCCACUGCACUAUUAUACAGCGCCCGGAUUAGCUUUCGAUGCCAUGCUAAAAUACACCAAUGUGGAACUUGAACUAUUGACUGACCCCGAAAUGGUACUUUUCAUUGAGAUGGGUAUACGAGGUGGAGUGUCUCAGUGUACUAAUAGGUAUGCGAAGGCCAACAAUCGGUACAUGGGUAAUGAAUUUGAUGUUAACAAACCCGAGUCAUAUUUGAUGUACUUUGACGUGAAUAAUUUGUAUGGCGCGGCAAUGAGUAUGCCACUACCUAAAGGCUCAUUUGAGUGGGUAGAUGAAAAUGAUUUAAAUGAUGUAGAUAACUUUGUAAAUACCAAUGACACUGUAGGAUUUAUUUUGAAAGUAGACUUGCACUAUCCACAGGAGCUACAUGAGCUACAUAAAGAUUUACCAUUGUGUCCUGAGCACUUUUUACCCCCAGAUUUAGGAAUGCAGUUGAAAAAAAUUCAUCGCGUACUUAAAUUUGAGCAAUCCCCAUGGCUAAAGACAUACAUUGACAAGAAUACAGACUGUAGGAAAGCUGCCCAAAAUGAGUUUGAGAAAAAUUUCUUUAAACUCAUGAAUAACGCAGUCUUCGGUAAGACUAUGGAGAAUGUUAGGAAACACAAAGAUGUUCAAUUGGUUACAAGAUGGUCUGGUCGAUAUGGUGCAUCAGACCUUACUUGUAAACCUAACUUCCCUAGUCUUACUAUCUUUGACAAAGACAUGGUUAUGGUGGAAAUGAAAACAACCCAGGUAUAUUUUGAUAAACCUAUUUACACUGGGUUCACGAUUCUAGAUUCAUCAAAGACAUUUAUCUAUGAUUUCCACUAUAACGAUGUCAAACAGAACUUGAGAAACCAACAAUCUAAGUUGAUGUACACGGACACUGACAGUUUAAUUUACCACUUUACAGUACCAGACAUCUACGAAAUCAUGAGAGUGAUAUUUCAAAAUUUGAUACGUCGGACUAUCCCUUACAAAAUUCGUACAAUAUGCCGCUUGCCAACAAAAAGGUCCCAGGUCUGA